AUGUCGAUGCCCGGAGAGAACGACCAAGAUCGUGGGCUUGACACGAAAGUAAUCGCCAUUCAAGCGUACACAUUUGCUCUCCAGGAAUUAAGUCGCAAUUUUGAGGAGGCAAAGAAGACAAAGGAUAUUCUCAUUGCGACGCUGAUACUGAUGGCCUAUUUUGAGUGUUUCGCAGGUAACAUAACAGCAGCAUGCGGUCAUAUACAUUCAGCGAACCACUACUUCGAGAUGUAUAAAAGCAGUGCAUCACAUUCUCAAACUCUUGGUGUCCCUGCUUUAGACUGCCUCGACACAGCUCUUCAGGGGCUCGGUUGGACACGAUUCAUGGCACUCCCACUUCAAAACAAAAUUCCCUCAACACGACAAGCAUUGGCAUGUGAUGAAGCCUGUGCUACGCCGUCGUCUCUAAGACAGAGUCUCCUCAAUCUCUUAGCUGAGUCAGGAUUGGAGGAUCUCAUUUGGAAUUUAGUUCCACGAUAUUCUAAGUCGAUGGCAUUAACCAAGCUUCACUGGUUGCAACAAAAGCUACGAGCGUGGAGAAACUCCAACAAGUCAAUUCUACUGCCUUUAACAUCAGACACAGCCGAAGCAGGCGAAGAAAAUCCUGAAAUACAGACAUUUACGAUCCCGCCUCUCCUCCACAAGACGACAACACCAUACAACGCAUCUGCAAUUCUAUGCAGUUUUCUUUUUGGCCGCACAUUCUGGUUGCUAUCAAUACUUGAAGGUGGGCAAAAUACAGAGGCGUACAAGCAUCUAGCAUAUCUGUAUUUCUACGAAACUAUGCAGUUUGCAGCAACAGAAGGGGCAUUCAAGACAGCAUUGCCAAGUAGCAACGGCUCGCAAAGUCCAGUUCUUUUACUAUGUGAAGAUGUUGAAAACGGCACCUUGCCUAUGCUUUACAUAGUUGGCCAAUGCAGUCCUCAGCCAUCGUGGCUCCUUUGGAUCGCACAACUGAUGAAACACGUCGGACGACAAGGUCUAUAUAACGGCCUCGUCUACGCAACCAGUCUCGAAACAUGGCACUCCUUUGAAAUCAGCAACAGCCUCCUGAGGCAAGAUUCACUAGAGCAGUACCCAAGUCCUGCAUUACGGACCAUCUCAGUGCUCAUUCCCGACGCGGUUGGAAACCACUUCAUUACAUAUUACGCCAAGCCAGCGGGAAUAGACGGGUUAUUGAUGAGCAAUGAUGGCCUAAUGUACUAUCUGCUUGGCCACACUCACAUAACACAUCGACCUGCGGAUGGCCAGAUCGAGCAGGAUACUCAUAUCUAUCAUCAGCAAGGAUUAGGAAUGGAGUUAUUCACGCCUGAUUGGCUUCAGAGCCGGCCAAUCUGUCUCGACUGGCGACAGCGGUCGCUACAAGUAGAAUUUGAGCUGGACCGUAUACUACAAGACCACAUCAAUGGGGGACAGCUUUUGGUACCUGUAAAAUAUGACCAAUAG